AUGCGGAGUAAAGCCACAGCCAAAAAAGCCUCAGAGAGGAUUGCUCAGGGAAAUGUUAAUAUCAACAUUAAAGCAAGAGAAAAUACACCUUUGAGGCUGAUUAAACAAGUGGGCAGAACUACUAAACCUCCGACUGGGAAAGGCCUCGGAAAAGCAGGAGCCAAACGUUUGGGCCGGCUGUUGAAACGGGCCAUCCAGGACCAGGAGGAGCCGGCGGAGAAGGGACAAGUGUCUGUGCCAAAGACUCCCGUUCGGCUUUUCAAGUAUCAGAUUCAAACUGAGGCUGACAAUGCAUCCAAGAGAAACACCGCACAGACAAAGCCGGCCUCACAUCAGGUUUCCCAGCUCAUCCUCAGCGUGGUUUCCCACUGCAAACACCGAGGUGGCAUCUCUAUGGCGGAGCUCAAGCAGACGCUGGCUGCUGGAGGCUACGAUGUCACCAAGAACAACAGGCGGGUGAACGUGGUGACCAAAAGGCUGGUUAAUAAUGUCACACUCGUCCAAACUACGAGAAAUGCAUCGUUAAGGCUGAACACUAAGAAAAAGACGGACACAACACGAGUGAGGACGAGCCCGGUGAAAUCCCCAAAACCAAAAGGAGAUCUGAGGCAGAGCAAAGCAGUCAGCAAAUCUCCCAAAGGAGCAGAAAAGUCACAUAAACAAGCCAUAAAGACUCCUAAACCAAGAGGCAAACCACACAAACCAAAAGGCAAGACGAGCAGACGAGCGGCCAAAUCGCAUAAACCAAGAGGCAACACUCGCAAACCAGCAGGCAAAUCACGGAAACUAAAAGGCAAGACUCACAAACGAGCAAGCAGAUCGCACAAACCGAGAAGGAAGACGCCGAAAGCAAGAAAAAAGUCGCAAAAGCCAGCAGGGAAGAAACGCAGACCUUCAUCAAACCAACCUUCACGGGUUCGAAAGCCAGCGAGGAAGGCUCAAAGGACUCGGAGACGACAACCAAAGAGAAACCAACAUCCGUAUAAAGUUGCCCAGAAAAGACAACCAUCAAGACGGAGACUUCCUAAAACAAGAGCACGAUUAAAAACACGGCAGCGUCAGAUUGCCAGGAGAAGGGCUUACUAUUAUUAGAGAGCACAAUUUGAAGCGAGGAUUAAUAAACUGAAACCUUUUAAGCAAACUGAAAUUGUACAUUUUCUUUUUAUGCGACAGCUGGUCUGAAAAUGUGUCUUCUAAUACACUAUAACGAACACUUAGGUUAGGUAUGAAGAUCCAAGCACUCCCUGUA